AUGGCGCCUACUCCACCGCCCCUGCGCUCUCAGGUGUCGCUGCCUGACAGUCUCCCUGGUGGGCUCGCAUCGCCACCCUACGAGCGACAGAAUGCACAAGAGGCUCUCCCACCCGUCUAUGCCAGCCAGUCCAACCUCGCUGCUCAGGAUUCUCACGACGGACAUCACCUUCUCCGUGAUGUUGCCCUAGCUGCUAUCGCAUCCGGCGACACCAACAUGUCGCGACAGCACAGCACAGAUCAUGCUUACCCGCCCGAGUCAAGAUCACGUCAAUCAGGACUCCACGACCACAGCAUCCUUGCAGACUCCUCGAACAACAGCUCUCGACCUGGCAUCGCUGGUCCACGUGUUGCCAUCACAGAUCCUCUCGCCGACUUUCGUGAUCGCAAUCUCCCCAAGCCUUCCGGUCUUGGUCCCAAGUCCGACUAUCCACCUCACGAGACCAAUCGCACACCAGGCACGUUCAACUACGACAGAAACGUUCCCUACAGACCACCCCUCCUUCGUCAAGACAGCGAGGUCUCAUCUACCGACGGCGGUGACCGCGACUAUGGUGAAUUCAAUUGGUCCGAUGAGGAGGACCUCGAUGAAGCCGCGCGCUUCGAGAACGAGCAGGCAAAGCAAGUUCGCAUGGGUCGUUUGAGUCUUUGGAAGAUCCUCAACUUUCUCGCUACAACUUUCCUCGGCAAUCUCAUCAUAUCUUGCUGCAUGCUCAUACCCGUCAUUGUCAUCCAGUACGUCUAUCGCAAACGCGGUCCUGACGAGGGCCACCGUGACUUCGUUGCAGACAACGUCCAAGCUUGGUUCAUCUGGGCUGCUUUCAACCUUCAUGUCGAAUGGUGGAUCCAUAUCCUUGUAGAGCUCUUUCCUAAAGCUGUACUCGGUCUCAUCCAGCUCGUUUGGGGUCGUCCCAGUCAACGAGUCCUUUCACUCGCAGAGUACUUCAACGCCAUCAAGCCCUACGUCAAGCUCGUCUGUUACGCUGCACUCGGUUGGGGUUCCUGGGCCAUCAUCUUCAACUCCAUCUAUGGCCUCUACAGCCAAUCCGACCCACGCAACAGCCGUGCUCGAUACCUGUACCGCAUCUACCAGGUCAUCCAGUUCAUCUUCUUCUUCACCCUUACCAUCUGUGUCGAAAAGGUCAUCAUCAAGCACAUUGCCAUGUCCUUCCAUCGCAGCGCCUAUGCCGACCGUAUCGCAAAAGUCACCAAGUCGCUCAAGGUCUUUGACUGGCUCCGCGACCACAAGCCGAAGCUCAAGGGUCGAGACAACACUUCCGCUUUCGGUUUCCCUCGUUCAGCUCGGGGCUCUCCGAGCGCAAGCGGUGCUGCCACCCCUGUCCAUCCGACCGAUUUUGCCCUUGAAGAUGACGAGAAAGACUCGCGCGUCAACACGCCACCAAGCAAGAGCUCAUGGCUCAAAAAACACAGCAAGAAGCGUCCCUCCGAUCAGGCUGCUUGUGCAGGCACCAACGACCGUGCCAUCGAUCUUGCUACCGGCAAGCCUGCAGAAGGUCAAGCUCCUGCUCGAGGCAAUGGCAAGUCCAACAUCAUCGCACGGGUUGCAGCUCGUGGAGGGCGCAGGGUUCGAGUCACUGCCGCUCAGGCUAGCACCUUGGCUCGUGUCGCCAUGAACGACCCUUUCGGCCUGCUUCGCAACGAAGCCCUCGGUAUCGGUACUGACGUCAACUCACCCGCUGAAGCCAAGCGACUUGCACGAUCCAUCUUUGUUGCCUUCCGAGGUUCGCACAAGCGCAGCUACCUUAUCCCUUCUGAUUUCGAGCCCGCCUAUACCAACGCCGAGGACGCCAAAGACGCUUUCAGUGUCUUUGACCGUGACGGCAACGGUGACAUCUCACAGUCCGAGAUCAAGAACACCGUCAUGCAGGUGUACAAAGAGCGUCGCUUCCUCAGUAGAUCCAUGCAGGAUGUCAAUCACGCUGUCGGUCAGCUCGAUGCUAUCUUCAUUGUCGUCUGCCUCGUUAUCAUCAUGUUUGAAGCUCUUGCCAUCUUCAAUGUCGACAUUGGCAAGACGCUCACCACUUUCUACUCGCUCGCCAUCGCCUUCGCCUUCGUCUUCAAGGAGUCUGCUGCUAACGUCUUCGACUCGAUCAUCUUCAUCUUUGUCACCCACCCUUUCGACACUGGUGAUCGAAUUCAGAUCGGUGAAGCUGUGCUUGUCGUCAAGCACAUGUCCUUGCUCUCGUGUCUCUUCACCGACUCGCUCAACCAGGAUGUCUACAUCAGCAACGUCAUCCUGUCUGCUACGAGCAUCGUCAACAUGCGACGAUCAGGCUACCAAUGGGAGGCCAUUACAGCGCAGUUUGACUUCAACACACCACUCGAGAAGCUUGAUGCUGUUGAGGCGGAUAUGAUCCACUGGCUUCAGACCGAACCUGAGCGUCUCUUUGUGCCGAGUACUGCCAUUGUUCCGCAAAAGAUCGAGUACAUGCGUUCGCUCGAAUGCACCAUCGGUAUGACACACGCAGACACCUGGCAGGACUGGGGCCGUCGCUUCUACCGCAAGAACGCCUUCUUUGCCGCCUUCUCGUUCUAUUGCAAGAAGCACGGUGUUCGUUACGCUAACCCCGUUCAGCCCAUCGUUUACUGGACAGAAGAUGCAGCACAGCUUCCUCCCAGCUACGAUACCAACACGAAGGGAGCAGCAGACGAGGAGGACAACGGAUACGUUUUGGAUGACUUUACCCCAUCUCCAUACUCAAGCCCACAGAUUCGCGCUGCGGGUGGGGCAGUCGCCUUGCCACCUAAGAAGUACAAGUCAUACAUGAACUUCACACCCCCUCCCGACGAGCUUGAGGGAGACGCGGCCAAUGUGCGUGCUCGAAAGGCCAAGCGCGAGGCCAAGAAGUUUGCCAACCAGGGUGGCGAUGGCUAA